GAUGUCAACGUCUGGGAUCUCUCCACGCAAUACUAUGUUUACUAAGUGUUCCUGGAAGAAUUUAAAUUUAAUUGUGUGAAUUUAACUUGCAAAUAUCGUAAAUAAUCUGGUAAAGAUGACUUCUGUGAAGGUAGCCGUGCGAGUCCGGCCCCUGAACCGAAGGGAAAAGGACUUGGAGAGUAAAUUCAUCAUUGAGAUGGACAAAAAGAAAACUACCAUAGUUAAUAGAAAGGUGCCAGAAACAGGAGGUGAGGGUGACCACGCGAGGGAGAACAUGAGACUGAAGGAGUUCACGUUUGACCAUUCCUUCUGGUCAGUUCUUCGGUCAGACUGUAAUUAUGCCUCACAAGAGGAGGUAUUUAAGUGUCUCGGACUGGAUGUGGUUGCCUCUGCCUACGAUGGCUACAAUGCAUGUGUGUUUGCCUAUGGACAGACCGGGUCGGGAAAGAGUUACUCAAUGAUGGGCAGCCAGGAUGAUCCUGGGUUAAUCCCUAGAAUUUGUCAGGAACUGUUUUCCCGUAUGACUGAUGAAGAUACAAGUUUUAAAGCUGAAGUCAGUUACUUGGAAAUUUACAACGAAAAAGUGAGAGACCUGUUGAAGCAGUCAUCUUCCAACAAGCCGAUGCAUAGUCUUCGUGUGAGAGAACAUCCUAAACUGGGCCCCUACGUACAAGAUUUAUCCAAACAUACUGUCACUGAUUACGACGACAUCAAAGCCCUCAUGGACAGGGGGAAUUCCAUCAGAACAACCGCUGCCACAAACAUGAAUGACACAAGCAGUAGGUCCCAUGCUAUCUUCACCAUUGUGUUCACUCAGGCCAAGUUUGCCAAUGAUGUCCCCUGUGAAAUGAGCAGCAAAAUACAUUUAGUUGAUCUAGCAGGAAGUGAGCGAGCUGACUCCUCAGGGGCCACGGGUCAGAGGUUAAAAGAAGGUGCCAGUAUCAACAAGUCCCUGGUCACUCUCGGAUCGGUCAUCAGUGUACUUGCUGAGAUAUCGGAAAAGGGAAGCAAGUCUGGGAAGACAUUUUUCAUUCCAUAUCGAGACUCUGUUCUGACUUGGCUCCUGAAAGACAGCUUGGGAGGAAACUCCCGAACCAUCAUGGUAGCAACGAUAUCACCUGCUGACGUGAACUAUGCAGAAACACUAAGUACACUGCGGUAUGCUAAUAGAGCCAAGAAUAUUAUCAACAGACCUACUGUGAAUGAGGAUCCCAAUGUCAAACUGAUCCGAGAUCUUCGGGACGAGAUCAACAGACUGAAAACUUUGUUGGGUGGCAAUAUUGACAACAUUUCAACUCCAAAAGUUCAGGAAAAGUUACAUGAAAAUGAAGCAAGGGUAAAAGUAUUGACAGAAGAAUGGGCAGAAAAGUGGAAUGAAGCUCAACAUAUUUUACAGGACCAGACGUUAGCUAUACGUAAGGAGGGCCUCGGUGUGGUGCUCGACUCAACACUUCCUCAUCUGAUUGGUAUAGACGAUGAUAUCCUCAGUACUGGAAUCAUGUUAUACCAUUUGAAGGGAGGUAGCACCAUUGUUGGAAGGCCAGACUCUGAGGAGAUGCCAGAUAUAGAGAUUGCUGGGAUAGAUGUUGAAGAGAACCACUGCGAGAUUGUCCAUCAAAAUGGGGAGGUAACUCUAUACCCCAUGCAGGGUGCUAUGUGCUCAAUCAACGGUACUGUGGUCACCGAACCGGUUAAACUAACUCAAGGGGCCGUGAUUUUGCUCGGCAGGACGAACAUGUUCCGUUUUAAUCAUCCUGCUGAAGCGGCCAAAAUGAAACAAGAGCUCCGAAGUUGUGGGUUGAGUUUGUCCCGGACAUCCCUCCUUGGUCACUCCAUGACAGAUCUGUACAAAUCUUCGGAAAAUCUCUCCCUCCUGGCUGCUGGAUUUGAGUUAGAACAGAACAAUAGAGAAGAUUUAGCCAAACUUGAAGAUAAAAGAACACACAUUACUCUGAUGGAGAAGCGACACAAGAAGGCAGAUAACGACCGAGACGAGGCUCAAGAUAAACUGGAAAAAUUCGUCCUGGAGAAAGAGGAACAACUUUCAAUGAUUCAGGAACAGUUUGAUGAGGAAAUUAGCAUUGGAGAAAAAUUAAAGAUUUUGCAGGAAAAAGAAAUUUUGAUAACCAAGGAAGCUGCAGUCACAACACAGAGACUGGAAAAGGAAGGUGAGAAAAUUAAACGACAACAUGAGGAACAGACGACCCAGCUCCAGGCCCUGGUUAGCAGACAGGCUCAACUAGAGAACUUAAAGGCUGACACAGAGACAGAGGUCACGGCUAAGGUCAAAGAUCUCAUGUGUCAGAAGUCACAAGCUGAAAAGAAAUCAACUUCUGAAGUGAAAGACCUAAAGAAUAUGCAAUCCAAACUUGAAAAUGGCAAACAAUUAAUACUGGACAAUAAUGUUGAUGUGCAAUCAGAAAUUCUGUCACUUGAACAGAGUCAGUGUGAGUUUCUUGCUCAGUGGGAGAAAGAUAAAGAAGCUAUGACAGAUAAGUGGCAUCCUUCUUUGAAAGAGAUUGCGGUCAAGAACCAGAGGAUUGAAGAAGCAUGGAAGGAUUUAUUGGAGCUCGAGCGGAAACAUCAGCUUAAGGCCCAAAACCAGCAGAAUAUGAGUGAUGAUGAAAGAGAGAAAUUUGAGGAUGAAAAACAUGAAUUAGAAAUGGCUAGAACUCUCUUGAAGGAGGAGGAAGAAAGAGUCUCUCGUGAAGAGAAGGAAUUGGUAGAUGUUAUAGAAAAAGAAAUGGAUGAAAUGGAACUAAAGAAAAAUGAGAAAUUAAAUGAAAUAGAAAUGAAGAAACAUGAUGUAAUACUCGAUUCUGACGAUGAAUUGAGGACAUUAUCGCAAAGAAUCUCAGAAAAGGAACAGGAUUUAAAGAGGACACGUGAACAAGUAAAUGAGAUUGAUAAGGAAUUGAUGUGUUGUGAUAACAAACUGAGUGAGGUGGUAGACUCAACCACGCAGGAGCUGGUAGAGUUAGGUCGGAGACAGACAGAACUGACCGCCAACAUGCUGGACGAGGGGGCUGUCAGUGAGACGCUGACAGACAUCAGUAAUAAGGUCAUAGAAGUGGAAACUAACUAUAAAAAAGAACUGAAGACAAUACAGUCAGAAAGAGAGAGGUUACUGAUGAACAAAGAAGCAGCAGCAUUAUGUGAAGCAGAAGAAAAUGGCUGGGAAAGACUGUCUGAAGAUGCUAGACUGGAGAGGAAGAUACAGGAGAUAGAAUCAUUGAAGAAAGAAGUGGAAUCAGCGAGGGCAGACCUGGACGAAAAACAGCGUCGGUUUGAGGAGGAGAGGAAUGCGGAAAUGGACAAGAUUGAGUAUGAGGUACUCAAACUGCAGGAAAUGGAGAGACAGGAGAGAAUAAAUGCCUUGGUUGAACAAGAGGUGAAAAGAAGAAUGUUUGAAGAGAAAGUAGAGCGAGAAAACAGACGAAAAGUGGAACGAAAGAAGGAGCAGGAGGACAGAGCGGAGGAGAUACAAAAGAUAAAGGAACAACACAACCGUGAGCUGCGCCAACUAAAGGCUAAGUUAGAGAAGAUCAGUAAUGGAAAAUCAACCAAGUCUGCCAUUUCAAGCAAGUCUAACCCUUAUGCUACAGUUAUGUCUUCUGAUACGGGUAGGGAUGGUACCACUUCGCCUCAUCAUGGAAGUAUUGAUAAUAGAAGUAGUAGUCUCACCUACUCUGGUGACCUUAACCUUCUCAAGGUCACCAUUCCGUCUUACCGUCUCCAAGGCUACGGAUCUGACCAUCAUUAUGAAUAUGAAGUGAAGAUAAUGAUUGGAGAGGAUUCCUGGACAGUGUACCGUAGGUACAGCAGAUUUCGACUAUUACACCAAGACUGGAAGCGCAAAAUACCUGAGAUUAAUUCAUUGGUGUUUCCUCCAAAGAAACUGUUCAGUAGAUCUGAAAAGGUGGUGGCAGAGAGGCAGAAACAGUUAGAGCUGUACAUGCAGAACUUCCUGUCCAUCUGUCAGAGAACACCAUCUUGCUCCCUACAUUCCUCCAAUAACAAAUAUCUCACCAAACAAGUCUUGUGCGAGUUUGAAACUUUUUUCAAGCGAGGAUUAUUUGAAGUGUCCAAACACGGUGCAACAUAAGAUAUGUACAGUACAAGCACUGUUUCACACAAUGUUUCCAAACCCAGUUCCACAUGAUUUAUCCAAACACAGUGCCACUUGAUGUAUCCAAAUAUUAUGUUUUCAUUCAUGUUACAAGAUGAGGUGACCACCUUGUUUCCAAACACAGUGCCACAUAAUUUGUCCAAAAACAGUACAACAGGAUGUGUCCAAGCACAGCAUGACAGCUAGGAUGUGUCCAAACACAGUAUAGGAGGAUGUGUCCAAACACAGCACGACAGGAUGUGUCCAAACACGGGACAACAGGAUGUGUCCAAACACAGUACAACAGGAUGUGUCCAAACACAGCACAACAGGAUGUGUCCAAACACAGUACAACAGGAUGUGUCCAAACACAACACAACAGGGAUGUGUCCAAACAGAGUACAACAGAAUGUGUCCAAACACAUUACAACAGGAUGUGUCCAAACACAGUACAACAGGAUUUGUCCAAACACAGUACGACAGGAUGUGUCCAAACACAGUACAACAGGAUGUGUCCAAACACAGUACAACAGGAUGUGUCCAAACACAGUAUGACAGGAUGUGUCCAAACACAGUACGACAGGAUGUGUCCAAACACAGUAUGACAGGAUGUGUCCAAACACAGUACGACAGGAUGUGUCCAAACACAGCACGACAGGUUGUGUCCAAACACAGUACAACAGGAUUUGUACAAACACAGCACAACAGGAUGUGUCCAAACACAGCACAACAGGAUGUGUCCAAACACAGUAUGACAGGAUGUGUCCAAACACAGCACGACAGGUUGUGUCCAAACACAGUACAACAGGAUUUGUCCAAACACAGCACAACAGGAUGUGUCCAAGCACAGUAUGACAGGAUGUGUCCAAACACAGUACAACAGGAUGUGUCCAAACACAGCACGACAGGAUGUGUCCAAACACAACACAACAGGAUGUGUCCAAACACAGUAUGAUAGGUUGUGUCCAAACACAACACAACGGGAUGUGUCCAAACACAGUAUGAUAGGUUGUGUCCAAACACAGCACAACAGGAUGUGUCCAAACACAGUAUGACAGGAUGUGUCCAAACACAGCACAACAGGAUGUGUCCAAACACAGUAUGAUAGGUUGUGUCCAAACACAGUACAACAGGAUGUGUCCAAACACAGUAUGACAGGAUGUGUCCAAGCACAGUACGACAGGAUGUGUCCAAACACAGUACAACAGGUUGUGUCCAAACACAGUAUGACAGGAUGUGUCCAAACACAGUACGACAGGAUGUUUCCAAACACAGCACAACAGGUUGUGUCCAAACACAGUACAACAGGAUGUGUCCAAACACAGUAUGAUAGGUUGUGUCCAAACACAGUACAACAGGAUGUGUCCAAACACAGUAUGACAGGAUGUGUCCAAGCACAGUACAACAGGAUGUGUUCAAACACAGCACAACAGGUUGUGUCCAAACAUAGUACAACAGGAUGUGUCCAAACACAGUACAACAGGUUGUGUCCAAACACAGUAUGAUAGGUUUGUGUCCAAACACAGUACAACAGGAUGUGU